UAAAAAAUUCCCGCAAAUAUUUACACGUUGUAAGUUCUAACACAAGACAAACAUCCAGCACAGCAUCUCCAAUUUCCAAAUCAAAUCUCUGACCCUCAUUCUCUCUUUCCCUUUCUUUCAUUAUUAUCUACACUUAACCACCUCACACCGCCGCCAUCACCGCCGCCGCCGGCACUGUUAUCUAGGGUUCCGGCGAGGAUGCUUCCCUACCACUCAAUUCACGAAGCCACGGCGGCUCUCGGCCGCAACCUCACCGCCGCGGAAACCCUAUGGUUCAACUACUCCGCUACGAAGUCCGAUUACUUCCUCUACUGCCACAACAUUCUCUUCCUCUUCCUCAUCUUCUCCCUCGUCCCUCUCCCCUUCGUCUUCCUCGAGAUCAAACGCCUCUCCCCCUUCGACGAUUACAAGAUCCAACCCAAGGUUCGCCUCUCCCUCCGUGACAUGUUCGUCUGCUACAAGUCCGUCAUGCGCAUGUUCUUCCUCGUCGUCGGUCCCCUCCAACUCGUCUCCUAUCCUUCCAUCCAGAUAAUUGGGAUCAGAACGGGGUUGCCAUUGCCAUCAGGGUGGGAGAUCCUGUGUCAAUUGCUGGUGUAUUUCGUGGUGGAGGAUUACACCAAUUACUGGAUCCACAGGUUUCUUCACAACAAGUGGGGUUACGAGAAGAUUCAUCGCGUUCACCAUGAGUACCAGGCUCCGAUUGGGUACGCGGCGCCGUAUGCUCACUGGGCUGAGAUCUUAAUCCUUGGGAUUCCGUCGUUUCUUGGUCCUGCUAUGGUUCCUGGUCACAUUAUCACGUUCUGGCUGUGGAUUGCGUUGCGCCAGAUUGAGGCUAUUGACACUCACAGCGGGUAUGACUUCCCCUGGAAUCCCACAAAAUAUAUUCCAUUUUAUGGCGGCGCUGACUAUCAUGAUUACCAUCAUUAUGUUGGAGGACAAAGCCAAAGCAAUUUUGCUUCAGUUUUCACAUACUGUGAUUACAUCUAUGGAACUGACAAGGGUUACAGGUAUCAGAAGAAAAUACUUCGGAAGUUAAAGGAAGAUUUGACAAAUGGCGCGGACCAGAAUGGAGGAUCGUACAAGACGCAGAGUUAUAAAUCUGACUGAGGGACAGAAGCAUCCUUGGUGGUUUCAGAGUGUUGCAUGUUAUGAAACUACCAAAUUUCUUGUAGUAGACAUAUAUGCUGCUCUGAUUAAAUAGUAGAUGUCUUUGGUUGGGGUCAGGAUGGAGAUUAGGAGAAUGAGGCCUUACAAAUUAUGAUUUUGUUUUAGAAGAGGGUCCGGGGUAGGAAUUUCUUCUGUUGUCAUGUUUUGGAAUUAAAACAUUUGGUUUUGGUUCCUUUCUGUCAGAAUGACCCUUCCCCUAUGUGUUGUAAAUUCUGAAAUAUGAAUCAGGCUUCCUCCUCCUGGAUGUAAUUCGAAAAUCAAAAUAAUGUUUGAAGUUUGGUUUUAUGAA